AACGACACGGGAACAUUCAGCAGAACAAAGUAUAUGCUAUUUCGCACAAAAUUGCCAAACAGUUUUUCAAAUCUUGCAAGUUAUCUGUAAUUCGAAUAGUUUCACAAGUAAUGUAAUGACUUUUCAUUUCCAUAUUCUAGUUAUUCAGUCGUUUUAACUCAGCAAGUCACGUUUUAUUAUAGCCCACGGUAUAAUUUGUGUAAAGCAAGUAAGAGACAUACUUAAAUACGCGAAUCGGAGAAGCUAGGCGCGUCUCGGACUACUGAUUACGCCGUGUUUUGGACCUCGGACAGAUAUGUACCUCAUUUUAAUCGAUGUCCAGCCCUUACCGAACCGAAGUUCGGCGCCCUAGCAACAGUGACCCACCCUUAACGACCCGCUGACCGCCGAGCUCCACAUCGUCGCCGUAAAGGAGGGGUAGACUGUCGUAAAGCAGACGCGCCGAUUAGUCAACAAGCCGUCAGCGGUGGCCGCUGGCUUUCGGAGGGCUGCGACGGACGCGACAUCACCCUGGCCUCUCCGACGUCCUCGCUGUCUGUCAAGGCGACUUGUGAAUGUUUGUUUCCGUGAGGGAAAGUGCGGCGACGCGACGAGAUUUCCCCCCUUGCAAGGACGGAGACGAACUGGCCAUUACGUCUGGUUGAAGUUUUCUGCUUCGCCUCCCGCUGAUCUUUCUGGUGAAACGCUGCCGACUUGUCGACACAGCCGUUAAACAGACGGAGUGUCGCUUCAGCUGGACCGGCCGCAGGACGCGGACGAGCGGCGUGACGGAGUGAUGCGCUGAAACCGAAGCCGAGCUGAGUGCGGGGCACCCGGCAUAACACAAGCCGCCCUGCCGGCCUGUCACCCGGGGAUAAAUAAUUAACGGCGGAGAACUUAACGCCGUUCAACACAGGACUGGCUCCCCUCACCAAAAAGGAAUAACAGCUUUUGUUCUUCUUAAGUCAAAACAAAAAUCCAUUUUAAAAGCGGCCCACCACGUCUUCUAGUCGGUGGCCGACCUGCGGGCCAUGAGGAGGGACCGCCGAGACAGAGGGCUCUCUGCUGCAGCUUCCCGAAGCGGCCGGCGCUGACGAUCGGGCCGGGAUGGCCUCCAACGAGAGACUGUACGAGGUGUGGAUGCUCUACUGCAGCAAGAAAGACCCGGACCUCUUAAAGCUGUGGCUGGAAAUCUUCAUCAGCUCCUAUGAAAAAUGCCUGGAUGUGGAUUUCGAGAAGCCACCCACGAGGCUGGAGGAGAUUCCCCCGGUGAUGUCGCUGCUCCCAGACAACAUCCUGCAGGUUCUCCGGCACCAGCUCCUGCAGUGCGUCCAGAAGGUGUCUGUGGGGCUGGAGCCCGAGCAGCAGGACCUGUCUCUGCUGCUCGUCAAGUUCCUCAUCGUGGUGUGCAGGAACCUUUCCAAUGUGGAGGAGAUUGGCACUUGCUCUUAUAUUAACCACGUCAUCACCAUAACGACACUGUACAUACAGCAGCUGAAGACGAAGACGAAAGAGAAGGAGCUGGCUGAUCAGACGCCGGCCGAGGAGUUUGUGCGGCACGCCCUGGCCUUCUGCGAGAGCCUGUACGACCCCUACCGCAACUGGCGGCACCGGAUCUGCGGGGAGCAGCUGAGCCCCGCAGAGACCAGUCGCCAGAAGUACAAAGCUGCUCAGCUCACUGUGGAGUUCGUGCCCUUUUUCUAUCAGUGCUUCCAGGAAAGUGAGCAUCUGAAGAACAGUCUGAAGUGCUGUUUGCUGCACCUGUUCGGGGCCAUUGUGGCAGGGGGACAGCGGAACGCGCUCCUGGCCAUCUCACCUGCCACGAUGGAGGUGCUGCUGCGCGUGUUGGCGGACUCCGAGGCCACCGACGGCGACGCCUGGGACUCUGAGGCCCCUGACCGCCGGGCCCUGCUGACCCUUGGCUGUCUGCGUGAGGUGGUUCACCGGCUGCUCGCCAGCAGCUCCGACCAGCGGCAGGUGGAGAUUGGCGCUGUGUUGGAGAACUACUUCAAGCUGCUGAACUCGGACGCGGCGGCACUGCAGGCCAAAAGCGGGGGGCCGCAGCCUGCCCAGCCCUCCCCGCGCUCUCACCACUGGGAGGCGCGCUUUGUGGCCCUCCAGGUACACAUGCUAGACACCAUCAGAGCCAUGUUCCAGUGUUCGGACCGGCCCGUCCUGCAGGCCAUCUUCCUCAACAGCAACUGCUUCGAGCACCUCAUCCGCCUCCUGCAGAACAGCAAGCUGCUUAAUGCUAGGUGUAAGACAGCAGAGAAGAGCCAGAAAGAUUUAUCCAACAGAUUACUGACAGGAGAGAGUGACCCCCAGGUGUUCCAGGGCCGGCUGGACUACCUGGCGGUGGCCACCAUUCAGACCCUGACGACGGUGAUGCACAAGUCCCCAGCUGCUAAGGAGGUGUUCAAGGAGCGCAUUGGCUACACUCACCUCUACGAGGUGCUGGUGUCCCAGGGCCAGCCGUCCCGGCACCUGCUGAAGGAGCUCAUGAAUAUGGCCGUGGAGGGUGAGCACACGUCCGUGGGCAUCCUGGGGAUCAGCAAUGUGCAGCCGCUGCUGCUGCUGGUUCAGUGGCUGCCGGAGCUGCAGUCCCCGGAGCUGCAGAUCUUCACGGCUGACUGGCUGCGGCGGCUCUGUGGCCUCAACCGGCAGACACGUGCCGUCUGCGUCAACGCCGCCAUGGCCAUGCACAUCCUGGACACGCUGGGCCACCAUGCGCGGCUGCACCGCGCCUGUGCCGAGAGCCUGGUGUCCCUGCUGGGGGUGCUGGGCAGCCAGUCCCUGAGCAGGGCGGAGCUUCUGCGCCUGCUCCGCCUACUGCGCACGGGAGAUGCCCGCCAGCCACACCCCUACGUGGCGCCAGUUCUUAGGACCAUCCUGGGCAUGGUGCGCAAGCAGGGCCUGGAAAGUGCUAUGCAGUACUUCGACCUGUCGCCCAGCAUGGCGGGCAUCGCCGUGCCCACCAUCCAGCGCUGGCCUGGCUCCGCCUUCAGCUUCCUGGCCUGGCUUUCCCUGGACCAGGACCAGCAGGGGCCUGACAAGGGUGACAAGAGGAAGCAGCUCUACAGCUUCUUCACGUCCAAUGGCACCGGGUUCGAGGCCUUCAUAAGCACGGCCGGCGUGCUGGUGGUGGCCGUUUGCACCAGGAAGGAGUAUGUCACCGUCAUGCUUCCAGAGCACAGUUUCUGCGACUCGCUCUGGCACAGCAUUGCCGUGGUCCACAUGCCUGGAAAGCGGCCCUUUGGACAGAGCCUGGUUUACAUCUAUGUGGACGGCCAGCAGAAGCUGUCAGCCCCGCUGAAGUACCCAACUAUGACAGAGCCCUUCACAUCCUGCUGCAUCGGCUCGGCAGGCCACAGGACCACCACGCCCCCCCCGUCCCAGAUCCCGGACCCCCCCUUUUCAGUGGCACAGGCGCCCGGCCGCUCCUCCCUGGGGGGCAUCCUUUCCCCCCAGGCCUGGGGGGGCCUGCUGAGCAGCAAGCCGGAGUCGGUGACCAAGCUGAUCUCGGCCGGGACUCAGGACAGUGAGUGGGGCAGCCCUACCUCCCUGCAGGGCCAGCUUGGUGGUGUCAUGGUGUUCCACGAGCCCCUGCAGGCGGCCCAGGUCAGGGCCCUGUGUGGUUCAGGACCAAACUGCAUCUCUCCACUGAAGAACGUGGAAUCUGAGCUGGGAGACCUGUCCCCCAAGCUUCUCCUGCACUACUCCCCCAAGGCGUGCCGCAGCCCCAUCUGCUUGGAUCUGUCCCCCAACGUGCUGCAUGGCCGGCUGACUGGCAACAACGUGGUGAACUGGGAUAUUAAGGACAUGAUUAACUGCGUCGGCGGCCUGCCCGUGCUCUUCCCGCUGCUGGAGCAGCUUUGCCUGCUGACGCCGGAGCCGCAGGCUGAGCCCGGGGGCCCCGAGUUCAUAACGCCGGAGCUGAGCACACCUGCAGACGGCGACUGGGUCAUCCUGCCCUCCAGCCGGGCUUCAGAAGCACGUCUGGAGAAAAACCUGGUGGCCACCUUCCUGCUGGUGAUCAAGCACUUCAUCCAGAGACACCCCAUCAAUCAGGAGAGCCUGUUGCACUCCCACGGCGUGGCUACGCUCGGAGCCCUGCUUCAGAAGAUGCCCCAGGGCCUGGUGGACGUGAGUGUCUUGGUGGCCGUGCAGCUGUUGGUAGAGCAGGUGACCGUAGAGAAGAACCCCCAGCUCCUUCAGCAGCUGCACACACACCUGCUCUUCAACUUCGGGAUCUGGAAUCAGGGAGAUUUCCCCCUGCGUAUCGGUCACAUCCAGUACAUGUCCACCAUCAUCAAGGACAACAGGAAACAGUUCCGAAAGAAGUACGGUGUGCAGUUUCUGUUGGACACCACGCGUCUGUACUACGGGAACAGCAGCCCGGAUACCGACAUGAGCGAGGACGACCUCCGCACUAUCCGGGCCUCGCUCUGCGGCCUCCUCAAGUACUACAUCAGCAAGGGUGUGGACCAGGAGGAGCUGCACAGCAUGCUGGGAUACAUCGCGGCCAUUGGGAGCGAGGAGCAGCUCUGUGAGAUGCUGGAGCUGCUGCUGAGCCUGUUGCAGACCAGCAUGGCGAGAGACCAGCUCUUCCUGCUGCUCUUUGAACCCGGGGCUGCAGAUACCUGCUACGCACUUAUCCUUAACAGCAAGUACUCAGACCGGCUACGCGAGCUGGUCUUCAAGCUCUUUCAGCGCAUGCUGAAAUGCGACCGCGUCUACGAGAAGAGCAAGCAGAGGCUGAAGCUGCGGGAGGCUGGCUACUCAGGGCUGACGCUGCUCUUCUCUGAGCUGCACGUCACCCCCACGCUCGUCCGGAGCCUGCUGGACCAGGUGCUCUCUGCGGACCCUGUGGUGAAUUACAAGGAUCUGAUGGCGCUGGUCCAGCUGAGCCACCGGGCUGGGCUCAGUGUACGUCUGCUUGUGUGCAAGAAGCUGUACCACCUCCUCCAGUCGCAGCAGGAUGCCGCCCAGCAGAUUUCCAGGCAGCUCUGCUGGCAGGAAACACUGGCCAAGCUGUUCCUGCGGCCCUUGGGCCCCGAGAGCGCGCCAGGUCGCGGUGGGGGGGGAGACGGCGGCAGCAGCACGGGCAGUCUGGAUCUCAGCAGGGAUGGUGGCGGCCCCCUGGGGGACAGGAGGGACCCUGCAGAGACCCGGGUGGAUGAGGAGAAGGAGGCAGACAGCAUCGCCGACAGCCGCUCCCUGGACAGCCUGGAGAGCGGGGAGCCGCCACCCGCAAAGGCUUGGGCCGCCAAGGCCAGCGGACUCACCCUGGACUUAACGCACGUGCACCUGUAUGAGCACGGCGAUAGCGGCAGCCAGACCCCCGCUAGCAUGCCCAGCACGCCGUCACCGCUGGAGACCACCAAGCCCUUCCCCGGGCCGGCAGCUGAGCGUGAGGCCUCCUCCUCCCUCACCGAGGACAGCUUCCUGUUCAGCGAUGACCUGUCUCUCGGGGAAUCCUUCAGCGGCAUGGAGAGGACCGAGGAGGAACUGUGCCGCAUCCUGCUGGAGAUCAUGCUGUGUAUGAUGUGGCGCGGGGUGGAGUGCUCCGAUGAUGCAGCCUGGCUGGAGCGCGGUCAGGUCUUCUCCGCCCUCACCAAGCUGAGCACCACCAAUGAGCUGCUGCUCCCCGUUGAUAACAUCAAGCUGAGCCUCCUGGAGAAGAUGCUGGAGUGGGCAGUGACCGAUAACCGCGAGGCGACGGCCGCCAUGCUGCCGCAGCACACAGAGAAUGCCGUGCGGCUGCUGCACAUCCUGCAGGACUUCCUGCAGGCCGAGGGGCUGGUGAACCCGGCGCUGUGGACUGAGCGGCUGCUGGAGGAGGCUGUCACGCUGAUGGACAGCCUGAUGGUGUGGUACUCCUCGGGGACACAGUGGCUGCAGUUGUGCCGCGUCGGCAUCCGCUUGCUCCUGGGCUUCAUGGCACAGGACAACAUGCAGGUGUGUGCCAUGGCGACGGCCAAGCUGAACGCCAUCCUGCAGACGAAGAGCGUGGAGACGCAGGACGAGGCCUGCUACCUACUGGGCCGCCUGGAGGGCAUCCUGAGCCGCUCGGUGCGCGAGCAGACGGAGACCUACUCCUUCCUCAUCCCACUGCUGCGCACGCUGCUAUCCAAGAUCCACAAGCUGCUCUACAUGGAGCUGCACCUUCCCUCGCUGCCCGACACCAAUGGGAGCCCGUCCUUUUUCGAGGACUUUCAGCUCUACUGCAGCUCGCCCGAGUGGAGGAUCUAUCUCGAUAAAUACAUCAUCCCCUACAUGAAGCAGUACGAGAUCGAGAUGUUCAGCCAGGGGCACGAAACCAUGGCGCUCUUCUGGAAGGAAUGUUACGAGGCGUUCAUGGUGAACCUGCACCGGCGAGAGAGGGAGCGGGGGGAGAGCAAGAUCCGCUUUCAGGAGCAGUUCGUGGAGCCUUUCUCCCGACGCAGUCGACAGGAGAACCUGCGCUACAACAGCAUGCUGAAGCAACUGCACAGCCAGCAUGGCGCCAUCUUGAGGCAGUGGAAGGCAGCACGACGGAACUUGGUCUGCGAGAGAGGCCCAUGGGCCGAGGAGCUGCAGGGCAAGAGGCACUGGAGGCUUUCCAGCGUGGAGAACUACUCCCGUAUGAGGCUCAAGCUGGUGCCCAACUAUAGCUUCGACCCCCAUCGUGAAGCCAGCGCUUUGAGGGACAACCUGGGUAUGCAGCAGCAACAGACCAACGCUGAGUCUCUGCUGCUGGAGGCAGCAAAGCAGGUAAAGGUCAGUGACCUGGAGGAUGACAUGCUGGACAUGCCAGAGGACGACCCCAGCGGGGGGAACCCCAUGAGCGAGACGGAGGAGGCCGUCCAGAGGGAGAAGAUGGUGCUGUCAGAGGAUUGCGAGCUGGUGACAGUGGUGGAUGUCAUCCCUGGGCGCCUGGAGCUCACCACCCAACACAUCUACUUCUAUGACAGCAGCAUGGAGAAGGAGGAGGGCGUGGGCUACGACUUCAAGUGGCCGUUGUCACAGAUCCGGGAGAUUCACCUGCGCAGGUAUAACCUGAGGCGUUCUGCCCUGGAGGUCUUCCUCAUCGACCAGACAAACUACUUCCUCAAUUUCAAGAAAGAGGUGAGACCCCCCCCCCCCCCCCCGACUUUCCGCUUGCCAUUGAAUUUCCAUUCAUUCCUGUCUUUCUCAAGCCUGUUGUGCAUCACCAUCGAUGCUCUUUUCAAUCUGCAGGUGCGGAACAAGGUCUAUAAUCGGAUUCUGCUCCUCCGCUCUUUCAACCUGUAUGGCACACGGUCCCCUCAGGAGCUGCUGAGAGCAUCAGGGCUCACUCAGAAAUGGGUGAACCGGGAAAUUUCCAACUUUGACUACCUCAUCCAGCUAAACACCAUUGCAGGCCGUACCUACAAUGAUUUGGCCCAAUAUCCUGUGUUUCCUUGGGUCUUAGCUGACUACACAUCUGAUGAGCUGGACCUCACAGACCCAAGGGUGUUCCGGGAUCUCUCCAAGCCCAUCGCCGUGGUCAACGAGAAGAAUGCCAAAGCCGUGAAGGAGAAGUAUGAGAGCUUUGAGGACCCCACGGGAACCAUAGAUAAGUUCCACUAUGGCACGCACUACUCCAACGCCGCUGGGGUCAUGCACUACUUGAUUCGGGUGGAGCCUUUCACUUCCUUGCACAUCCAGCUGCAGAGUGGCAGGUUUGACUGUGCCGACCGCCAGUUCCACUCCAUCCCAGCCACCUGGCAGGUACUGAUGGACAAUCCCAACGAUGUCAAGGAGCUCAUCCCAGAAUUCUUCUACUUUCCAGAGUUCCUGGAGAACCAAAAUAAUUUCGAUUUGGGUCGCCUGCAGCUAUCCAAAGAGAGCGUCAACGAUGUCAUCCUCCCCAAGUGGGCAAAGUCCCCUGAAGACUUUAUCUACAAGCACAGGAAGGCGCUGGAGUCCGAGCACGUCUCGGCCCACCUGCACGAGUGGAUAGACCUGAUCUUCGGAUACAAGCAGAGGGGCCCGGCGGCUGUGGAGGCCCUCAACGUCUUCUACUACUGCACCUAUGAAGGUGCAGUGGAUCUGGAUGCCAUAACGGACGAGAAGGAGCGCAAGGCCCUCGAGGGGAUGAUCAGCAACUUCGGACAGACGCCGUGCCAGCUCCUGAAGGAGCCGCACCCCAUCCGCCUGUCCCUCGAGGAGGUUGGGAAGAGGAAAUCGAAGCUGGAUACCUGUCCGCUCAACAUGUUCGAGCACCUGUCCGAGCUCAAAUCCUUUUUCGUGGAGGGUAUCUGUGACAAUGUGCCCCUAGUGAAGGCAGUCGUACCCAAAGACCAGUCACACUCCUUCAUCUCUCAGGGCAGCCCUGACACCCUGGUGACGCUGAGCCGGACCUGUCUGAUGGGGAUGCACGGAUGGCUGCCUUAUGACAGGAACAUCUCCAACUACUUCACCUUCAUUAAGGACCCCAGCGUUUCCAACCCCAGGGCGCAGCGAUUCCUAGCCGGGCCCUUCUCCCCCGGUGUGGAGAUCACGGCUCAGCUCUUCGUGGUGUCGCACGACGGCAAGCUGCUCUUCACCGGGGGCCACUGGGACAACAGCCUGCGGGUCACGUCCCUGACCAAAGGAAAGACAGUGAGCCAGCACAUCCGCCAUAUGGACAUUGUGACUUGCCUGGCAACAGACUACUGUGGCAUCCACCUGAUCUCGGGCUCCAAGGACACCACCUGUAUGGUGUGGCAGGUCCUCCAGCAGGGCGGAGCGCCGGUGGGACUGAGCUCCAAGCCCAUGCAGGUGCUCUACGGACAUACUGACGAGGUGCUUAGUGUCAGCAUCAGUACCGAGCUGGACAUGGCUGUCUCAGGAUCGCGGGGCGGCACCGUGAUCAUCCACACCGUGCGGAGGGGCCAGUACAUGCGCUCGCUGCGCCCCCCCUGUGAGAGCUCACUGCCAGCCUCCAUCCUGCACCUGGCCGUGUCCUGGGAGGGACACCUGGUGGUCCAUUCCUGCAUCGAGGGCAAGGCCUCUUUAAAGGACAAGAAUGCACUGCACCUGUACUCCGUGAAUGGGAAGUGCCUGUGCUCAGAGGGGCUGAAGGAGCAGGUGACGGACAUGUGUGUGUCCGGGGAGCACAUAGUACUGGGGAGCGAGCAGGGCUUCCUGUCCAUCCGGGACCUCUACAGCCUCUCCCUCUGUGUGGCACCCAUGGCUAUGAGGGUGCCGGUUCACUGCGUCUCCGUCACCAAGGAGCAGAGCCACGUGCUGGUGGGCCUGCAGGACGGGAAGCUGAUCGUGGUGGGCGUGGGCAAGCCGGCAGAGAUGCGUUCUGGCCAAAUCACCCGCAAGCUUUGGGGAUCCAGUAAGCGCUUGACCCAGAUCUCUGCUGGGGAGACAGAGUACCACACCCGGGACCAGAACUGACCCUCCCCCUCCAGCCCACCGUCACUGCCCCCCAAAUUUUGCUGGCAUUUGUCAGUUCUCCUCUGGCACUACUCAUCUGCAAUGUGAUUGGCCCAAGCCCCUGUCAAUCACUUGAAUUUUCAUCCAGCUGAAAUAGGGAUUUUGCCAUACUGGAUUUGAAUGUUCUUUGCUGUCAGAUUAAUUUUACUAAGACAGAGUAUAUUUUGUGUGUGCACGUUUGUGCAUUAGUAAGUCUGUGUGUGUGUGUGUGUGUGUGUGUGUGUGUGUGUUCCAGCAGGAUCAGCCGGCGCUGGCGCUGAGGAGUGAUCUGUUUGUGUACCGCCUUCCAAGCCCUAGGUCCCAGUCACAUACCCCCCCAUUACCACCCUGCUAAUGUCCCAUUUCUCAGAGGAUCGAGGUGAUUUAGAAAAAUGCAGCUCACCCAGGCCGCUAGUGGGCGAUCUCAGGUAGCUGACCCCCCUGUCAGUGUGCUCUGCCUGUCCUACAGGGACACUUUUUAAAGUGACAUAUCUUCAUACAUUUAUCUCUUUUCUUUAAGUGCUCUUUGUAAGUUUUACAGUCUUGUGCCCUGUCAUCUCUGAGGGUGCAGUUGACGCUUCUAUGGCUUUUAUGCAAAGUGCCAGUCUGGUCAUGCUGAGUCACCAUCAAUGGUCUUUGGUGUGCCCCCCCCACCCACCGUUCCCUUGCUUGUGGGUACAGAGUUGUGUCUCUCGCCAGUCCUCAGUCGUCGUGACCAGCUCAUGUAAGCCUGUGUCUGGCACAUGUGGUCUUUGCUGGGCCUGUCGUGAGCGUCUCUUCUGCCCACGCCAUGAGUUUGCAUGCCGGUGCUCUCUCUUGGCGCGAUGGCGAGCAGCAGACUCCGCGGGCACCUACCAGGAGGGCUGCAUGGUGCUCACCCAGCAGCGGCACCAGGCCCUGGCAGGUCACGCCUCUUCAGCACAGGAGCCAGCGCUCCACAGGAAAACAGUCACUUUCUGUGGGUUCAUUCUGUGGUCCGUAUCUUCAGCCAGAUAUCAUAUGGACAGUGCGAGCCUGAAAGUAAACAUGACCGGUAACCCUAACUAAGCUGGGGUGAGGAGUGCAGCCUCUUCAUGGUGCCUGUCUGAGGGUCUGACCUUCAGCAAUGAUGGUGGCGAUCUCCUCCAGGCCGCUUCUGGAGGUGAGGAUGGUUAAGUCGCCAAUCGCCUAGCAUAGUCGCUAACAUCUCAUCUCUGUCCCGGGUUUGGUCCUCAAAGGUUGUUCACUCUGAUGAUGUCACACCUUCUCCCCAGUUUGCCUCCUGGUUACCAGUGGGGUGCUCACUGGUGGUCACUGCGGUAGGUGACUCAUGCUGAUGCUGACAGCCUGUGUCGUCGCUUAUUUUCCUGCGUACUUGAGUGGAUGAUUGUGUUUUAAUUAUUGUUGCAUCUGAAUUUUUUUUUCUUAUAGACACUGAACUCUGUGUCUUAUCCAAAUCCAACCUUUUUUUUGUUGAUCUUUCUGUUAUAAAAUUGUUUUAUAUGCCAACAUGUUGAUGAACAUGGACAUUUUUAUAAUAUUUUGGUGGGAAGCCAGUUAAUGACACUUGUAUCCAUCUGGGGAAUGUUGCUUUUAGCUUGGGCUCAGCACCAGCAUGCCGGGCUUAAGGAACAGCAGUAGGAUUUGGGUUUUAAAAAACAAAGAUUCCUCUUAUCCAGCAGGUGGCACUAAUGGACCAACAAGUCUGGUCAAAUCUGAGAAUCUUGACAAGCAGUCACAGAACUUUCUUUUUUUUUCUUUUUUUUUUUAAAUUCUGUCUAAAAAUUCCACUGUUAAACAAGGGCAGUGCCUUUUCUUGUUUUGGGUCACAUGACCUAAAGGAAGGUCACGUGCAGUUAUGCAAUUGAUGUGUCUCGCCAGUGAUCGCUCGUACACGGCGUCAUUCCAUUAACGGGCUGCAGUUUCCACAAGAACCAAAUGAAGAACGAUUUCUCUCGGAAGGGUUGAACAAAAUCCGGCGGAUCGUAAUUCUAGCUGCUUCAUUUUGCAAUUCCUCAAAUUUGAUGGGUGUAUGUGUGUGUAGGUGACUAUUUAUAAAUAUGAUAUAUAAAUAAUGUACAGCAUGAUUUUUAUUUUGGUGUUUUUGAAAUGUUUUUUUUUUUUUGCACUUUCCAGGUACAACAGAUUGUAAUUGUUUUUAAUGUUCCCCUGUCUGUAAGGACAAACUGCUCUAUUAAAUGAGAAGUGAGACAGCAAUCAUUAAAUUAAAGGAGAAAGCACCUUGA